AACCACAUUUGCCAUCCCUGUUCUGUUCCUUUUAAUUUGCCUUCAGUGUUGUUUCAAGUCCAGUUUCAUUCAUCUUUUUGUUUUCCAAUUAUUAUUAGUAUUAUUUUUCAGGUCCCGACCGACUUGAGCCGUGGCAGAAAAUGGCGCAGGAAUUCGUGGCGGCUAAACUCAGGGGAGACAAAGUGGUGGUGUUCAUGAAACCGACGUGCUCCUACUGCAUAAUGGCCAGAGAUGUUUUGUCCAAAUACAAAUUCAAGCCUGGCCACCUAGAGUGUAUUGACAUAAGCGGCCGCAGCGACAUGGGCAGCAUGCAGGACUAUUUCCUGGAAAUCACCGGGGCCCGCACCGUCCCUCGGGUGUUUAUUGGUGAGGAGUGUGUGGGCGGAGGCAGUGAUGUGGCAGAGCUGGAUCAGAGUGGCAAACUGGAGGCCAUGCUGCAGUGUAUCGGAGCCCUGCAGUGACAUGCCCCAGGCCUCCAGGGUUUGGCUUCCAGGCAAGGUCACAUAACUAUGCAGCGGGACUUGCGUAGUUUGCGUCGCCGCUGCUGGUACUCACUGAGUUCCUGCAGGUAGCCUCUGGACGGCCAGCGCAGCCUCUCCACCUGCUCCCGCUCCUCAUCUGCAACACACACAUGCUCACUGUGUAAUAAUAGUAAUUAUUGCAAACGCAACUGUAGGAUGUUUUGCUGAUGAAAUUGUUGCAACAUUCACUGAACACACACGCACACAUAUACACACACACACACACACACACACACACACACACACCCUAUAUCUUCUUUCAUCGCUGCCAUAAACAAAGCCAACAAGGCUUAUGACAAGCCUGAUACUAGUUUGUUUACACCGACAAGGACCUGAAGACCAGUGGUGAUCAUGUGUUGUCUUGUGUUAUCUUGUGUUGUGUUGUUAAUUUAGAUUUCAAGCUUGUGCCCUUCAGUACCCGUCCAUUUGACCUUAAACAAGUCUCUUGUGUAUGACUAAUGAUGACAAUAAAACAUGCUACUGCUACUAACCAG